UUUCAUUCUAGAAAGAUAGAAAUCGUAUUAAUUAUUGAAUGGACGAGUGAUCGAUUAGUGUUCUUGCAUUAAUCCUUCUCUCUCACUUGCGGAGCGUGUGUACCGCGAGUAUUAUAUGAAUGAUGAAAAUUGGUGGCAGUACUUCCGACCUAGGUCAUACCGCGUGGAGAUUGUUGCAUUUGGAGACAAGUUUGCAAAAAUAAAACUUCUGUGUUCACUAGUCGGAGUACAUAAAACAGCUAAUUCGGUUUUCGUGGAAGUUAAAAUCAUCUGUGUAUAUUUGUAUCACAAGUGAACUAUAAUACUUAGAUCGAAUUUUCAGAGUAUUGAAAUUUAAAAUUAAAAUUAUUUUAAGUUUCUCGUGCACUAUGUUCUUUGUAAUGUUUAAAUGAAUGUACUAUUGUUGAAAUAUCCAUAGAAAUAAAUCAACUAUACUGUUGGCGUAACUCAUUAUAAUACUAGAAGUCAUUAACAGCUUUAAAAGUUGCGGUCAUUGAACAGAGAUUGAAUAAGAUAGGAUAAUAAUGUAAAGUAAAAUGACGAUCGUGUGGUACGAUCGAUAAAACGAUCAAUCGUUACUCACUCGCUCAAAGAAUCGAGUCUUUGAAAUUGAUUAACACACAUCUAUGUAUGUAGAUACAUAAUCGUUAAAGCACGUUCGUCGAAUCGAUUCACCGUUACGUUCGUAUACAAAUAUCAGUCCAAUGAAACGCAAUAAUCAUUACGAAAAGAAUUUAACGAGAAAUAGAUCGAUUAAUGCACGAAAAUACAAUAUUGGCAUAUCACGUUUACCAUUGGCCAACGUUCAAGAAAUUACAGAAUACGAAGAUUCCACGGAUGAUAGUUCUACUGCAACAAAUAAAUUAAAAGAGGCUCCACUCAAAAAAAAUAAACUUGGAUGUAAUAAAAAUUCAGAGGAAAAGUUAUGCAACCAGAACGCUAAGAAAAAUCAAAUAAGUAGGAGAGAAGAUUCAUCCACAUAUUCAACAGAUAGUGUAUCUGUUACAAAAAAGAAAGUACGUUUACGUGGUGGUACGGAUUUUCUUCGAUCUUCUUUGAAAACAAAAGGAAUUAUCGACGAUAAUAAAGAUCGUAUCUUCCGAUCAAUAAACAUUCAGAAACCAAAUAUAUCAAGAAAACAAAGUGAUUUAAAUUAUCAUAAUCUGCAGGAGUCUGUCAAUGGCAAAGAAAAAAAUACAUUACCAACAAAGUUGUCAAGUUUCCAGGAAAAAAGACAAAGUAUUCAACAAGCAAAGACUUUAAAGAACUUCAGUAAACUGACCGUUCUUCUCUUAUAUCUUCAUUUUUUACUAUCGUAUUAUUUAUCUUUUUCUAAAAGUCAACACUUUGAUGAAAUGUUUGAAAUAUGUGAAACAGAAACUAAAUACGAAUAAAUAAUCACAGAUUUAUUAAAUGCGUAGUCUAAUAGUAAAUAAUAAAUCUAAUAGUAAAUAAUAGUAGUAAAUAAUAAUAUAAAAAUCAGACACACAUUAGUUAAAUUCCAAAUAUGCAAAUUUAUCGAACAAAUGAACGAUCGAUUUGUUUAUUUAGAAAAAA